AUGGAAGAAGAAUCCACUCAUGCACCCAGCAAACUCCCAGAAGUCCAAGAGAUUGAUCCUCCUCCACAACAAGUUGUAUCCACUAAGGAAAUUCCAGUCUCUUCGGAAGGGAUGAUUCCAAUCAAUCAACUAAAGGAGUUCAUUAAAGAGAUGAAGCGACCAAAUAAAGCUGGGAAAACAAAUUACCCAAAUUACUACAAAUAUCACCGACUUUAUGUGCCAAGGAAACAAAAUAAGAAGGCGGAUGCUUUAGCCGCCCUAGCUUCAUCUUUAACCUUGCCUGAUCAAGCGCAAGUUGUUGUAUGCCAAAAAUGGGUAGUACCGCUGCCAAAUAAGGCUGAAAGUGAAGAAAAUGAACUCAAGCAUCUUGUCACUAUUUCUAAAGUCGAGAAAGAAGAAUGGAGACAACCCAUUAUCGACUACUUGUGCUAUGGGAUACUUCCAAAAAAUCCGCGGAGAAGAACUAAAAUCCGUCGUCGUGCACCUCGCUUACUUUACUACAAAGAUACCCUAUAUAGAAGAUCAUUCGAUGGAGUACUCUUGCGAUGCUUAGGGGAAGAUGAAGCACUCCAAGAUUUGUAA